CUUUACAUGUUAACACCCAUAUCCACAUUUCCCCCCCUUUUUGUUGUUGAAUCCAUGUUCUCCCUCAUUGGCAUAUCCAUGCGUUAUAAAAUAAAGUAUUGAUCAUAUAAAUGAUUUGGUAAAAGAAACAAUUCGUUACAUUUAAAAAACUUAAUGGUAAGAAAUAGUAGACCUACCAAAUAUUAAUAUUAAUAAUACUAGUAGUAAGUAGUGACAAUAUAUUAUAUAGUAUAGGCUAUUAUAGUAGGUAGACUAAGUAUAGACUAUUUACUCCACACUUGACCACUUCUAGGAAAGGCAAAGUCUUCUUAGUUAUUAAUAGGCUUGUAAUUUAAACAGGAAAAUGGCCCAUGGCCAAAACUCUAAAUCAAGUAAAAUUCUAAUUUGUAAAUUAUUUUAACUUUUAGUUUUAGUUUAGCUACACCUACUCUCAUGUAGUAUUUUAGUGUAGUAGUUGGUUGUAAUUUAUUUAUAGUAGUAUCAGUAUAAAUAAGCAUAGGUUUUAAUUAAUUAAAAUCAGCAAUGAUUGGGCCUUCUCAUAAUUCAUUUAAAUUUAACAUUUCACAAUAAACUAAUGGCAUGGGAGACCUGUUUAAUCUUACAAUGUAUGAUUUUGAGAUGUCUUACUCUUAGUUUUACUUUUAGGAUUGUAUGCCAAGACCUGUCAGGACAACAAUUUAAGACACUGGGUUAAAUAUAUAUAUAUAUAUUCUGUUAGUUUUUCAAACUAAAAAUUAAAAAAAACAUUCAAAAUAACUUUUUCAGUUGUUAGUUUUAACUUGCUUUUGCAUUCAACAUCUAGCAGUGAAUCAUAGUGAAUAGAUUAAGAAAUAUAAUUGGUUGGAGACCAUUAUUUAUUAUUUAUAGUAUUUAUACUUAAUCCUUAUAUUUCAUUUGAACUGAAGGGGAAUGGAGUGGAGAUUUUGUGUCAGGGGAGUAUCUAAACAUUUAUGACUAUAAAAUUUACACGGCCAAAUUUUCGUAAUGAUAAUGUGAUGGUCCUAUUGUUGUCAUAAUAAACUCAUGGGACACAGCAACCAUAAUAUUUCUGUAGCCGCCCUAAGCCUAAUGACAAUUUAAGUAAUCAGGGUCAUUCUCAUAGUACAUAUGCACUGACUGGUGGUGUGUUUAGAUUUGUGGGUGGGAGAGGGGGAGGUCUUCGUAGACAGUACAUACGUUAUUAAAAAACUCUGCAAUAAUCAUCCUGAACUCUGAAAGUCAAAAAUAGCUUAUUCAUAUAUUGAACGUUGUAAAUUUAUCUUGCAAUUUUUUUGUAGCAAUUAUUGUCAUAAUGUUGCCAUGCAUUUUCACAAAUGAACUUGCUAGAAAUAUAGAUGUACUCAGAUAAUACUAAGUAGUAGAGGUAUUACAGUAAUAUUUAUUUCACCAUAUGUCCAAUGUGUUUGGGAUGUUAAGUUUAUUGGGCUAUGCCAGAUGCUUUUUGUUUCUUGGUGCCUAUGCUGAAUUUAGGUUUUCACCAGGCUCCCUGUGUUAAAUUAUUACUAGUAUACACUUGGAAAUAAUGGAUACAUUAACAAAAACAAAAAUAAAGGAUUGGGUAAAAAUAGAUUUGUCAUGUAGGUCACUAAGUGGGAUCCAGUAAAUGUAAACAUUAGCUACUCAAGUGAGUUACUGUUUGUACUAUGACGCUAUAUGUCACAUUGAAACGUUGGAUUAAAAGUGGAAAUAAAAUUCUGAGCGAGCAAGCCGCAACAACCCAUAUUGAAAAAGAAGGGGUGGGGGAUAGGAAUUUUUGCGGGCGUACCAUAUUAAUGGCCCCUUGCGUUUGUUUGCUUCCAGGACCAAUGCCCAUGCUCAUACAUCAUCAGAUAAUAUAAUAGGUAUACGCUUACACUUACAUUAUGUUUAUAAUGUUAUUAAUUUAUAUCAUUCAUUUUGUGUAAGAUAUAUAGUUCUCUGUGAUACUAAUUACAUACAUUAUAUAUUCAUACAUUUGUUUGUUUAAGGGUGGUGUUGGGUGCAAUGUAGGUAGUUCUCCCUGGCGGCACUUAUUCUGUAAAAAAAUUUUAAUAGCUCUUCUAUAUUUUCCAUAUCAGUAUUAUAAAACUUUUGGAGGAUUGAAAUUAUGAGCGAUAUGGAACUUCCAAUGAAAGUAUAUUUAUAUCAUUUAUAUUUAUUCUUUUAAUGAUAAUGAAAGUGAUGCAUAUAAGCCUACCUAAUAACUAUAAUUAUUGGUAUUUUAUAGUUUAUUGGGAAGAAAGAACUUAGUAAGCAUUCUUAUUCUGUGACAGUAAUCUAAAACUUACCUCAAUAUGUGUGUCAUACCUACUUUAUACCUGUAUUUAAAUUCUUCAUGUGCCAUUCAUUACUUUUUUCUAUUAUCAUAAAAAUCAAAGCUUUCUGACUGUUAGCUUUGAAGUUAUUGUUCAUUUUCUGACUGAAAUAUUAAUAAAAUUUCCCAUACAUUUGAAUACCCAGUAUACUUAUAAUUAAUUCUUAAUCAUUAUGCUAAUGUAGACAAAACCUCAAUAGAAGUAGUUAAAAACUUUAUUGGGAAAGAAGUUUCAGAUCUUAAAUAAUCUAUCAUGAUCAGAUCAGCGUUUCCCAAACCUUUAAUUCAAGCCACCACUCUUUGGUUGUUUAUUAUUUUCAUCCUUUUUUCUCUGAGAUGGGUGUGACACUAGAUCAACCAGUUCUCAAUGAGAUUUGUGUGACACUAGAUCAACCAGCUCUCAAUGAGAUUUGUGUGACACUAGAUCAACCGGUUCUCUAUAUUUUUAAUUUAUGUGUGUUUUUUUCUUAUGCUUGGGUGACCACUAGUAGUAAAAGUUAGAACCACCUUUUUUCAACUUAGAUAUUAGGAAUGUAAUCAGAAAUAUACUCAUCCUAGCAGAAAAACAAUCACAAUUUUAUCAUUCUCUUUAGUUUCGCUUUGUUUUUUUCUGCUGAUGAAGGCUUCUAGCUGAAAUGAUAGUUUGGUUGUCUUGUUUUUUCAUUUGAAAUAUUGUCAUUUUACGCUCUACUAUUUUCUACACACCACUUGAACGCAAUCCCUUCAAUCGUAGUUUUUGAAAAUAUGUUUUUAUAUUUGGUGGCUAGUGAGCUUUGUGGUGUUGAAGGUGGAAUGGUUUUAUUGGAUUUGUGAUUUUAUUUUAUAUAAGAUACUCUUUUUCAUAUAUCAUUUACGUUUGAAAAAAAGUAUCAUGUGGAAUGAACAUACAAAUUUUCUGGAGUAAGGCCACAUCCCCCUUGUAUCAUGGGUGGGGGUUUUGUGGGCUUACUAUGUAAUGUGGAAUGUAAUUCCCAAUAUUGUAAACCAUACUAGUCCAGCACUAACUGUACUAAGAGGUAAUAAAAGCAUGUUCACACGGGUUCUUUCUGAUAAAUGAGCUUAAAGAAUUACCUUGCCUACCUGAAAGCAUGACAUGUUAUUGUACUAAAAGUAGUAGAAGGCCAGCCAUAUAUCUAUAGCAUAUGUAUAGAGGGCGAAAUUGGUUUCAAGACAAGACGAUUUGGCAUUAGGGGUGGUAGUUUACAUCCCGAACAUUUUUAUAAAAAACCUAACAAAUGUAACUUAACGAAUCGACCCAUUAGAGAGCUGGUAUCACCAGAUUAGGUAAUAUAUGUCAUGAUUAUUGAAGUCUUUUUAUUGAAAAUAAAUAAUACGCAGGUCUGAAUGACUUUGGUAUUGACAGCUUCCCACCCAAAUGCUUAGAGGGUCACACAUUUAGGAGUAUUUUCUGCCUGCGCUAAUCUGCAUUUUAAUUACUUUUUUUCAGAUCCCUUCUUCAAAGUUAUAAUUAAAGAAACCAAGUAUGGAUAAUUUAUUCGGAGGACGACAAUGAAUCUAGAGGUUGCUACGUAAUUUUUACAAUGGUGGACUUGUGAAUGUUAUUCUUCAAAUAACUCUACAGGAAAAAAAUGGAAGACGGCUGCCUUGCUACUGGGGAAGAGUUGAUUCGAAAAAUAAAAGAAAAGUAUCAUAGGACUAAAUUAAAACAUGAUAAAAUUAAAAGGAAGUAUGAUGCCAUUCAGUUGGCAUAUGAUGAUGUCAAAAAAGAACUCGACAUUGUCAAAGAAGAACUUCAAAAACACGUGCAAGGCUUCAACAAAUCUGCUAAAAGAAUUCUGGCUAUCAAAAUAGAAUGCCAAGAUGAUGAGCCUUGUGCGAAUGUCAUCAAAGUGGAUGAAAAAUCAUUAAAGCAUGAAAAUGAUGGUCCAUACUCAUCUGAUGAUUUCAUCAUAACCGUAAACGAGAAUCAUCUUGUUGAAGACUGUGAAGAAAAUGAACAAGUGUUUAAGCAAGACCUUCAUGUUACACCUAGAAAAACAUGGACUUCCAAGGUUGAUAAGUCAGGAUCUGAUUCAUCCAAAAACUCAUUCCACAAUAAUGACGGCAGCAUAAUUCAUAAUGUUGAUUUAACACCAAUUCAGUGUUAUUAUAAUGAUGGCAAAAAAGGAAUAAAAAGUAUUAAGAAUAAUUUUUUGUCUGCAGAACAUUGGACCAAAGGCAUUUUUCAACCCCAGACUGCAGAUUUUCAUCCAACAGGCGCCUUGAACGAUGUGAAUUUUGAGUUAGCGGCAGUUAAGAAUGAACCAGUCAGCAAUGAAUGUUACACUGCUAAAAGUCUCAUUGGUACUAAAUCAUUCAAGAAUAAAACUCCUAAUUCAGUGACAUCAAAACAGAAACAACCACGUAUUAGGAGGUGUGAUAAAUCUUACAGAUGUGAAAUAUGUGGCAACAUAUAUGCAGGGACCUACAACUACAACAGACAUAAAUUGAUCCAUACCGGAGAGAAACCCUUUAAAUGCUAUCUUUGUGAUAAGAGUUUUGCCAGGAAAGAUAAAUUCACUCUUCAUUUGAGGAAGCAUGAAGAAAGAGGGAUGUAUAAUAUUGAAUAUUCUGUUGAUGGGAGUGGCACGGAUCAAAAUUUGGAAGGCACUCACGGUGGAAUAAAGUUAGAGGCUGAUGAAUCUGGAUUUAGUUUAUACCGAGAUGUUGAUGGCAUAGAGGCCUACAACCUUCUUAAACAGGCAGGAUUAGACCCCAAUGAUAUGAGAAAUGGGCAGACAAAGCCAGGUGUUAAGAAUGGAAAGAGAAAAGAUAACACUAAGAUUGAAUGCAAUAUUUGUAGCAAAAUAAUACGAGGUGCUGAGAAUAUGGCCAAGCAUCAGCGCAAACAUGCCGCCAAGAAACCAAAAGAGUGUAACGUAUGUGGGAAGGUUUUCUUAAAGACUUAUAGUUUUAACAGACAUAAAAAAGUGCAUUCUGGUGAAAAGCCCUUUAUUUGCAGCCUUUGUGGUCAAGGUUUUUCAAGAAAUGAUAAACUUCUUGCGCACAUAAGAAAGCAUAAAUGGAGGCCUCCUGGAGAAGAGUGCCACAAAUGUGAUAUAUGUGGAUUAUUCUUUGCGCAGCUUUCCCAUGUCACUCAGCACAAGCAGGUCCAUGCUAAGGAUAUGCGGUUAUUUUGUGAUAUUUGUGGACAGAGCUUUUACCUGCAGGCUCACCUGGACGCUCACAAGGAAACAGAACAUAUCUUUAAAAAAAAAAGGCAUUUCAAAGCUAGAGCUCCCCACAGUAAGUCAUCGUUCAAGCGCAGGAUGGGGCCUAGUUUCAAAAAACUAUUUAAAUGUAUCGAAUGUGGGAAAGCCUUUUCCCUAAGAUAUCAGCUGACUCGGCACAAAAGAAUUCACACCAAUCACAAACCACAUAAAUGUCGUCAGUGUGGCAAAGAGUUUAUAGAGAAGUUGGUGCUAAUAAAACAUAAAAGAAUGCACUCAAAAGAAUGCCUUUAAAACAAUGAUGAUUUUUGUAUAAAAUGUGACAUGGGUUGGCGAAUUGUGACAUGUGUUGGCAAAUUGUUGAAGGAUGGCAGUCAACUAACUGGAGUGUAAAGCAUAACAUCUUCCAUUUGUGUUUGAAAUUUAAGAAAAAAGUGCUUUUUAAACAAUCAUGUUUUUGUAUUGAACUUUUACAUAUUCAGUGAAAAGCUCUCUUAAACUUAACCCAGUAAACUUUUUGAGUAAAUGAAGUACAGCUCUUUGAGUGUAUGGCAUGAUUUUACCAUUUGAUAAAUUUGUUUUCAAAGUGAUCCUUUAAAUUAUGCAACACUGCCCUGUGCUUGCAUUUUGAAGCUCAUCUUGUGGAAGAAUUGCUAUAGGUGCCAUCCUUAUCAUUUGUAUGCAAAAAAUUAAAUUUUUCGCCCCUCCUACCCAGUUGCAUGUGUAUUUUUUUUUGUUGGAAACCCCAAAGUGUACAUACAAAGAGCUUUUGAAACCCCCCCUCCCCCCCCGCCACCCCAAACAACACAACCAACAAAAUAAUUUAAAGAUAUGAGGUCAGAGAAUUAAAAAAAAAUUUCUCACUGGUUUUCCACAGCUGCCUGUUUGGCCAGCCCAGUGUUUCCAAGAACAUACACACUCUGGGUGCCAUGUUGCCCUCAGAUGGGCCAUGAGAAUGGGGUCAAGUGGCCCAACAAAAUACUUACCAAACAUACUGUACGGGUAGUACUACUACCGGUACUGUGCACUAUUUGAGUGAUAUCUAGCAUGUUCAUUAUUGAAAACACAAGGCAAUAAUGUGACGAUAAUUCCUAUAAAACAUUGUGUGAUAUUUUUACAGCAUUAGAGAUAUGAAUAUGGUAUUUAUGGACUGUCAGAUUUUCUGCCUCAUUAUUAUAGAAUUUUGUAUUAAUGUUCGUACAUUAGUCAGAGACACACAUAUGCAAAAUUUCCAAAAUCGACAUACCCCUCCCCUCUCAGUGCAUUCAUACUAAAAGAAUGACCCCAUGCCUGUUACAUAAGGAGUGUUUGUGGUUUAUCUCAAUGAACAAUUCCUAUAGCUGUUUUAUAAGGCUGUUUGCCUAAAUUCUCAUCAAUGUAAAACAAAAAUUAUGAAGGUAAUGUGAUAAAUAUUAAGUCUACAAAUAAUUUUUAAGUCCCUGCAUCAUUCACUACAAGUAAAUAUGUUGAGCUCCACAGUCCUACACUAAAUUUGUUUAACUAAACUGUUUCAUUGGAUAAAGGUUUGAUCAUUUUUUUUUUAUUCCAGAAAUAAUUUUUAUGGUUCAUUUACUCUAAAAGAAAAAAUAAACAGCAAGC